ACGGAAUCAUUUUUCACGCAAUCACUUAACGCCUAUUCUACCCCAUCUUGUGAGGCGCAUCUUGUCUUUACGGCAGAAAGCUUUAUAGUUCUCAACAUGUGCAACGACGACCUCGUUUAUCAGACCCUUUCCCGAGAAAUUAGUGGGUCCAGGCCGAAUGGACGAAGAGGAGGAAUAGCGAAGCGCGGAGAAGGUAGCCCAUCCAUAACACCUACCCGCCACGAGCAAGAAACCGAAGCCUCGUACUUUCAAGGUGCGACAUUCAACAAAGAAGAUGAAGAAUCCAAUCUCAACGCAUACCCUCCCUCGCCACCUCUGUCGCCCAAAACGAUAGCGCCACCGAAAGCGCGAACGAGGCAGCUCGCGGAACGCAAACGUGGCCAUGUUCGUCAUCGCACAUCGCUGAAGCGCAGAUCGAGCUGGAAUCCGAACCUCAAGCAAGAGUUCCUACGACGGGCUUCGAUCGAUUCUAUAAUCGCUCCAUUUAACGAGACAGUAUGGCUUGACUCGGAACGUGGAGUCACGUAUGCGCGAAGGAGAAGCAGCGUGAUGACUACCGGCGCCAGAUCAAUAUCACCUCGUAGCCAGGGAGACAGACGCAAGUCGCGGAAGCAGUCGACGCUGUUGCAUCCAUCGUCGCCGAACAUUGAGCCAGCAGCUGAUAUCGAUUCCAUGUCGGCAAGGAAAGGUUCAUCGCUACUCCAUCCAUCACGCCCUUCUAUCGACGCUCUCGAUUAUCCUGAGCUGAAGACUAUCUUCUCUUUACCGCCGAACCGUCUAUGGGAAGAUGACCGUCGUCGCUGAAACCCUCGCUUACCGGAGCUUCGGCUUUUCGAACCAACAACUGCCAUGCUUCUCAUGAUGUCGUCCCUGUCAUGUGAACGUCCGUUGAACGAAGUAGCGGUGGUAAUCCGGGCAAUGUACAAAUUCAUUACUAGUGCCACACCAGCGUUC